CUAAAUCAGCCAGACGCUCUGUCAUUCACCAGCUAUAUCUCUCUAUGGUAUUCUACACCCAUGCGCCUUCAUGAAAUAUUUCACUAGGUUUGUGGAAGAAAUAUUCAAAUGAAUGUGCUUUUUCAGGAAUGGUGACACCAGAAUGUUGUAAAUCUGUUCGUUACCACAACAAGGAUAAAUGGUAUUUCUGCCAAAGACUUUUGAUAACGGGGGCAGUAAUGCAUCGCAGCACCUUCUGAAAUUAAAGGUCUGCCCUGGAAGAGUUCAUUUCAAAUCUCUGCAGAGGAUUUAACAAUGGAAUACCAAAAUUUCAGGAUGCAGAGAGACUAAUAGAAUUUACACAAAAAUUCCUGCUGAAUGAAUUUCCCCACCUUCUUGGUGAUUGUACACCUGCCUUCCUUAUAAGGAGAACAAGGAAGUAAAUCAUGCUGAAGUUGCUUUUAAACACAGCUUUUCUUCUUUACCUGUCCAGCGAGAACUGAACCGAAUGGGGAUUGAGUUUCUCUGCCUGUUCUUUCUAUUUCUAGGAAGGCAUGAUCACGCACAAGGUGGCUGCGCGUUGGGAGGUGUGGAAACCUGUGAAGACUGCUUGCUCGUUGGCCCUCGGUGUGCCUGGUGCUCUCAGGAGAAUUUUACCCAUCCAUCUGGAGUUGGAGAAAGAUGUGAUACCUCAGCAAAUCUUAUAACUAAAGGAUGUCAACUAUCCUUCAUCGAAAACCCUGUCUCCCAAGUAGAAAUACUUAAAAAUAAGCCUCUCAGUGUAGGCAGACAGAACAAUAGUUCCGACAUUGUUCAGAUUGCACCUCAAAGCUUGACUCUUAAAUUGAGACCAGGCGGUGAACAGACUCUGCAGGUUCAAGUUCGCCAGACGGAGGAUUACCCGGUGGACUUGUAUUACCUCAUGGACCUCUCGGCCUCCAUGGACGAUGACCUCAACACAAUCAAAGAGCUGGGAUCCCUGCUUUCCAAGGAGAUGUCGAAAGUAACCAGCAACUUCAGACUGGGCUUCGGCUCUUUUGUCGAAAAACCUGUCUCCCCUUUUAUGAAAACAACACCGGAAGAAAUUGCCAACCCUUGCAGUAGUAUUCCAUACUUCUGCUUACCUACAUUUGGAUUCAAGCACAUUUUGCCAUUGACAAAUGAUGCAGAAAAAUUCAAUGAAAUUGUGAAGAAUCAGAAAAUUUCUGCUAAUAUUGACACACCAGAAGGUGGAUUUGAUGCAAUUAUGCAAGCUGCUGUGUGUAAGGAAAAGAUUGGCUGGCGGAACCACUCCCUCCAUCUCCUGGUCUUUGUGAGCGAUGCGGACUCUCAUUUUGGAAUGGACAGCAAACUGGCAGGCAUUGUCAUUCCUAACGAUGGGCUCUGUCACUUGGACAACAGGAAUGAAUAUUCCAUGUCAACUAUCUUGGAAUAUCCAACAAUUGGACAACUCAUUGAUAAGCUGGUGCAAAACAACGUAUUAUUGAUCUUUGCUGUGACCCAAGAACAAGUUCAUUUAUAUGAGAACUAUGCAAAACUCAUUCCUGGAGCUACAGUAGGGCUACUUCAGAAGGACUCCGGAAACAUUCUCCAGCUGAUCAUCUCAGCUUAUGAAGAACUGCGGUCUGAGGUGGAAUUGGAAGUACUGGGAGACACAGAAGGACUCAACCUGUCUUUCACAGCUGUGUGCAACAAUGGGACUGUCUUUCCACACCAGAAGAAAUGCUCUCACAUGAAGGUGGGAGACACAGCUUUAUUCAACGUGACUGUGAGUAUACCAAACUGUGAGAGAAGCAGGCGUGUUGUCAUAAAGCCUGUGGGGCUGGGGGAUGCCAUGGAAAUACUUGUCAGUCCACAGUGCAGCUGUGACUGUCAGAAGGAAGCGGAAGCGAACAGCCCCAAGUGCCACAACGGCAGCGGCUCCUUCCAGUGUGGGGUAUGCGCCUGCAACCCUGGCCACAUGGGACCCCGCUGUGAGUGCGGGGAGGACAUGCUGAGCACAGACUCCUGCAAAGAGACCCCGGGCCACCCCUCGUGUAGUGGAAGAGGCGAUUGCUACUGUGGGCAGUGCAUCUGCCAUUUGUCUCCCUACGGAAACAUUUAUGGGCCUUACUGCCAGUGUGACAAUUUCUCCUGUGUGAGACACAAAGGACUGCUCUGUGGAGGCAACGGCGACUGCGCGUGCGGCGAGUGCGAGUGCCGGAGCGGCUGGACGGGCGAGUACUGCAACUGCUCGGGCCGCACGGAGCCCUGCGUCUCCGAGGACGGCGCGCUCUGCAGCGGCCGCGGGGACUGCGUGUGCGGCAAGUGUGUCUGCAAGAACCCGGGGGCCUCGGGACCCACCUGUGAACAUUGCCCUACCUGCGGCGAUCCCUGUAACUCUAGACGGAGCUGCAUCGAGUGCCACCUGUCUGCAGAUGGCCGGGCCCGGGACGAGUGUGUUGACAAAUGCAAGCUGGCUGGUGCGACCAUCAAUGAAGAAGAAGAUUUUUCAAAGGAUGGUUCUAUUUCCUGUUCUCUGCAAGGAGAAAAUGAAUGUCUUAUUACAUUCCUAAUAGCUACAGAUGGUGAAGGGAAAACCAUCAUUCACGGCAUCAGCGAGCAAGACUGUCCAAAACCUCCCAACAUUCCCAUGAUCAUGUUGGGCGUUUCCCUGGCAAUUCUUCUCAUUGGCGUUGUCCUCUUGUGUAUUUGGAAGCUGCUGGUGUCAUUUCACGAUAGGAAAGAAGUUGCCAAAUUUGAAGCGGAGCGGUCGAAGGCCAAGUGGCAGACGGGAACCAAUCCACUGUACAGAGGCUCCACCAGUACCUUUAAAAAUAUAACCUACAAACACAGGGAAAAACAAAAGGUGGACCUCUCCACGGAUGGAUAAAGCUACUUUAAGCAUGGGAAAAUGUCUGUUUCACUGAUAUGAAAUAUUAAUGCACUAUUUAAUUUUUCUUUCUUUGUUGCUUCAAAAUGAGGUUGGUUUAAGAUAAUAAUAGGUCAUUUGGAGAUCAGUCAUUCUCUGUUUGAAGGUUAGAGACUGUGUUGGCAGGUUCAAAAUAAUCAAGAAGAGAAAUAUCCUUAGCAAAAGGGUGACUUUGGGGAUCACUUGAGGAAUACUCUGUUGCAUUAAUACCUCAAAAAAAAUUCACCAAAAUGAUUCAUGGGUGCCUGAUUUGCAUUUGAAAAAUGUUUGGAAUUAGAACCUCAUUUGUUACAGGAAUACAGCUACCUGGAGUCUUUGUCUCAGCAAAGCCACAAAGUCCAUGUGCUUAUAUUACGUACUCUCACUUCACAAUUAAUUCUAAAUUUUUAGCAAAUCUACCCUUUCCUAAAGGAGGAUUUUUUUUUAAUCUAUGAAAAAUGAAAUGUUGACUUUUAUUUCAGCUGAGAGGAUGAAAUUCUUCCAAAGAUGUCCUAAAUGUAAGAAUGAAAAUGAAGUGUUAAAAUUUCUGUGGGUUUGAAUGUAUUGAAAAGUAUGGUACACAAACAAGUAUUUUAUUUGUUUUGCAUAUAAAGAAGAGAUAAUUUAUAAAUUAGGACAUCACCAGUAGAAAAAUAAAAAAUACAAGCCAAUUGCUUAGAUUAUUAAUUAGCUAAAAAAUAAAUUUCUAUACUCAGUUUCCCUCUUGACCCUGACUUUUCAAACUACUUCUCCCAUAUUUCUCAACCCAUUUUUACUCAGUUUCACAGUUGUCUAAACCCUGUGACAUAUGAAAGUACUGAUUUCUUAUUAAAGUUACUGUAAAUGGUUAAUUUAUUCACAAAGAGCUCCAAUAAUACAAAAGGAAUGUGGGUUGAACAAAAAAAAACUUUUACAUGGUUUUAAAUGAAACCCAUCCAGAGUACACAAGUCUGUCAAGAGUAAUAGGCUGUUAAAAUCUACAUUCUUCUUCCAUUUGCAUUACCUAGCUUGCACAUUUCAGUUGCAUAUGGCAAAUACACAACACAUACUUACUUUAAAAAGUAGGCUUUUACUUGUAAAAUACUUGUGGGUAAUUAGGGAGCCAUAGGUUGCUUGAAGAGAUAGACUGUGUAGAAUAUUAUUUCUUAUGGUCAAUACUGCUUUAUAAAGAAGCAUUUUCAUCUCAUUGAUCCUGAAAGAGAAACAACCUCAGAGCGUGUGUAAAACUGGCCCAGCACCUAGGUCUUCCGGCUCCUGCCAUUUCUUCUACCCACAGUAUGAGGCUGAUUCUUUUGUCAGUGAAAUGACUGAAGGAUUUUGUAAGUUAAGGGAUAACGAUCAUUCACUUGAAAAUGUACUGAGACUAAACAGAAUACAUUUAAACGACUGGAACACAGGUGAGGCUUUGUACUUCCGUGCAACGUUUCAGUACCUUUGGGUAAAUUGUAACGUGAAGCCUUUUCCUAGGUGAAUGGUUCCUUACGUAGGGCAGGCUUCACGUUUAUCCACGGAAAUGGCACGGAGUAAUCUGUGAUAAGUUUCUUUGAUGCUACUGGAUAGAUUUGUACCCACUUGGUCACGUGGAGAUUUUUGCCUUCUGGUGUCUCAAUAACUCAGGUAAAUCCGACACUGGGGGAGUACACAGCUAUACUAAAAGCAUUACUAAAUAAGCACCUUGGAAACCUGAAGGGCUGAUGUACCCACUGUCUAUGCUCCUGGCCGAAGCCCGGCGUCUGGAGCAAACCUAGAGCAAAAAGGAAGUUGCAGUACUGACGACACAACAGUAGUAUUCACCUCCACGUGGGAUAUUUUUGUAUUGUUACUGGAACGGGAUUUUUAGAAAAUGUAAGUUUCCUUUGUGUGUAUAUUGGGGAAAGUAGAGAAGAAUCUGCUAUUUCUCUAAAUUCUGUUUUGACCCAAGGCUGGACCUUGAAAAGGCCAAAACAUUAACAGUAGUACUUCUGUUCACUGAAGAGUUAUGUUACUUGGAGACAAAAUGGAUUUUUUUUUGUAAAUUGUUUUAAUGUGUUUUGUGUUGACGUAAAUAAACAAGGUAAUUUAAACAAUGAA